UGAUUCACACGUGUGCAAGUUUCUCCAAAGUGCUUCCAAAAACUGAAACCAUUUCUGCAGGCUCUGAGGCACAAGGAUCACUUAGCCUCAAAGAAUUCAGUUCCUUCCUUUAACUGUAAAAUCCUACAAUAACAACAUUUCACGUGGUCCCAUUGUAAUGUUUUACACCGGACGACGCACUAGGCUGGGCAAGUGGUCCACAGAUAGGCACAUUCGUUCAUGUUCAUUCACCCUCCGUGCCAACUACCUUGGACAAAGUAGUCGCCCAGGUGUCUUCCUGCCACGUUUUCUCUAGCAGGACUUCAGGGCCUUCCUUCUUCUAGGCUGUGGGGAGGGUCAAGGUCUGGAGUAGCCGCCCAUUCCGUCCGAUCCAACGCAUUUUUCCCUUUCCUCUGGCCAACUUGGACACGCGCUGCUCCCAGGUCUCAGUCUCAGCUCGGGCAGCCUCGCGUGCCAUGCCCGGCGCCCGUGGAUGCGGCAGGUGGACUCCGGGCCACCUCCUCGCGCCUUCCCUGCAGGUGCCGCAGGAGGGAUAGGCCAAGUGCCGGGCCAGCGUCCCUGCGAGGCGGGGCCGGCGCUCCUAGACCUCCUCCCUCUGGCCCUCCAGGUUCUGAGACCCCGGGCUCGGCAGUGGCGGCCACCUCGCUGGGGGCGGGGAGCCAGGCCACCUGGGGCAGCCGGCCAAGGGCUGCCGCCACCCGCCCCUCCCACAGCCUCCGCUGGGGGUGUUUAUCUUCGCCUCUCUUUUCUCUUUCACUUUUCUUUUCGUUGAGAGUUGGGACUCCCUGGGUUCCAGGCGUCCAGGGGAACCCCAGCUGAUUCGUCCUCGGCCGGGAAGGGAGCCGGACGACCGCGCCCGCCCCGCCGCGCUGCCCGCCGCCCCCUCCUCUGUAGCCCGGACUCGAUGGAGAAUCCAUUCCUACAUAUGGUCAUGUGGUUCUUUAAAACAAUGUCCCAUCAUGUGCGAUGUUGGUGACAUCACAGGAAGCAAAGAAGUCAGUGUUAGAAGAUAGCAAACGUACAGGAGGUCAUAAACCAUAUUUGAGACGUACUUCCAUCCAGUGCUACUUGUGUUUACUUCUGAACAGUCAUUUUUUAACUGAGGCUGGCAUUCAUGUCUUCAUUUUGGGUUGUAUCAGUGUAUCAGGUCUUCCUAAAACAGAAGCAAACUGGCAGUAUGUAAUAAGUGAUUUGAAAAGAAUUGAAGAUCUUAUUCAAUCUAUACAUAUGGAUGCCACUUUAUAUACUGAAAGCAAUGCUCAUCCCAGUUGCAAAGUAACAGCGAUGAAAUGCUUUCUCCUGGAGUUACAUGUUAUUUUGCAUGAGUCCAGAAAUUCAGACAUUAACGAUACAGUAGAAAACCUUAUCAUCCUAGCAAACAGCAGUUUAUCUUCCAUUGAGCAUAAAACUGAAUCAGGAUGCAAAGAAUGUGAGGAGCUGGAGGAAAAAAAUAUUAAAGAAUUUUUGAAGAGUUUUGUACAUAUUGUGCAAAUGUUCAUCAACCCUUCUUGAUUGCAGCUAAUCCUUUUCAGCAUUUCUAUUAUUAACAAACAGCUCCCCACUGCUUAGAGGCAACAACGAAACACUCAGCAUUUCAAAUGUGCUGCCAAAAUAAAUUCUUCUGGCAAGAGGAUGAUCAGGAACUUUGAUCAGAUGAACUCACAGAAAUGAAGGCCGAACAAUGGCAUUGAGUACCAUGGUGUCUAUGAACGAAGGACUUAUUUUAUUCAUUUAUUUUUAAUUUAUUAUUGAGAGUGUACAUAUUUGUAGCAUAAUGUAAAAUGUUGAAUAAAAUUGUGUACAUAUUUUAUCUUUUGAAAUUGCACUGAUAUUUUAUGUCAUAAGAAAAUAGAGGGUGUUCGGUUCAAGGGUGAUAGUCAAAUUAUUUAACAACCACUGGGGCUGGGCACCACUGCUGUAGGUAAAGAGGAUGCCCCAACCAAUGUGGAAAUUGACUACCAACCUUCCUUUACUUCUCCUUUAGGUGUAGCACUUGGAGGGGAAUUGACUACCAAAGAGAAAGGAGGGGGCUUCCCUGGUGGCGCAGUGGUUGAGAAUCCACCUGCCGAUGCAGGGGACACGGGUUCAUGCCCCGGUCCGGGAAGAUCCCACAUGCCACGGAGCGGCUAGGCCCAUGAGCCAUGGCCACUGAGCCUGCGCUUCCGGAGCCUGCGCUCCACAACGGGAGAGGCCACAACAGUGAGAGGCCCGCAUACCGAAAGAAACAAACGAAAAAAAAAAGAGAAAG